AACGAAAUUAUAAGUUCUGUACAAGGGUGACGUCGAACUGUCCCUUCAGACAAUCACUGCCAAGUCGAGGCUAAUAUUAAGGCAAAGUUAGUGUGGAAACAAGUACUGGAAUCAUUAAAUCAACGACUAGAUUUUCAGGGAUGACGUCAGUCGUAUUCACCACCAUUUCCCUCCCCUUAUGAUUUUUUUUUUGUUUAAAACUUUUUUGAGGGGGCACAAAGACCACUUUGCCCGAGGGAAAAAAUAGCGACAAGAUUAGGGUUUCUUUUCAAGGCCCAGCAUUACUUGCUACUAAUCCGAAUUUGGCUAAUUGAUAGUCUGUAAAAUCUCAAUCGUAACCUGAAGAUGUUGCUCGAGAUAUUCCACUAGAUGGACUAAAAGGCAAAAUUUUAACAAUUUUUCUUCAUUCUAAUCGAUUGAGUAGACAAGGUUACUUUGUCAACGGACGAUCUGAAGUUUGUUUUUGAAAGAAAGACUUCAUCUUAAAGAAACAAAAACAGCGGAUUUACAGCUUUUCAAAGAAAUUAUCUUCUGGAGCUAUUGGUUCCGAAAACUUGCGCGGCAGACCCCUCUGGGAUCUCUCCCUCCAAUCUCCAAUGCAGUGAAGAUCGAGGAACUGGGGAUUUCCAUUUCUACAAAAGAUCGCUGGAAAAACUAUUUUACUUCGAACUCUUCAAAAGAAAUCCUCCGGCAUUUCGGCUUCGUCUCAGUCGCAGUGAAAGUUACUGACAGGGGCUUUGACAGCGGCGCAGGAUGCCACAGAAAGAAUACUAUAACCGAGCCACGUGGGACUCUGGCGUAGCCUCCAUGAUGCAGAACAGUCACAGUGGUGUGAAUCAGCUUGGUGGUGUGUUUGUCAACGGCAGACCGCUGCCGGACUCAACGAGACAGAAAAUAGUCGAGCUUGCUCACAGCGGCGCCCGCCCGUGCGAUAUCUCCAGGAUUCUCCAGACCCAUGCUGAUGCAAAAGUCCAAGUGCUGGACAAUGAAAACGUAUCAAAUGGGUGCGUGAGUAAAAUCUUGGGCAGAUACUAUGAAACCGGCUCCAUUAGACCCAGGGCGAUCGGAGGCAGCAAACCAAGAGUAGCGACUCCUGAAGUGGUCGGGAAAAUCGCUCAGUACAAGAGGGAGUGCCCUUCUAUCUUCGCCUGGGAAAUCCGAGACAGACUGCUGUCAGAGGGAGUCUGUACCAACGACAACAUACCAAGUGUGUCAUCGAUAAACAGAGUCCUCCGCAACCUGGCUAGCGAAAAGCAACAGAUGGGUGCAGAUGGCAUGUAUGACAAGCUGAGAAUGCUGAACGGUCAAACAGGGACAUGGGGGACCCGGCCGGGCUGGUACCCCGGAACUUCGGUGCCAGGGCAGCCAAACCAAGGUAAAGCAGAUUAUCGUAUCGAUUAUUAUUCAUAGGUGUGAAAAACUCAGUCGUCCUUCAGUUUGUGUUAAAUCGGAAUGAUGAUAUAUCAAAUACAGGUUAAUAAGAACAAAAUCAAUGUAAAUGAAAAACAUAACGAGCUUGAGAUUAUCUUAAACAACAACAACAGUAAUAUAUAGCGAUUUAUUUAAUAGGUAGCGGUUUAUUACGGUAACUUGAUUUAUGUGUACAACUGACAGCAGUACAAGUGACUUUGAUAAAAACUACGAAAUAGGCAUAUUUUAAGACAAUUUAAAUAUUAAAUAAAGGACAGAAAUAUUUGUGAAGAAUGUUAUAUCUAUAACAUACAUAUUUAGUGUAACCACUAAAAGAACAUUUAGCCAUAUUUUCUGGGUAUACACAGAUACACACACACACGUUACUUAUCAAUUAAUUACUCGGAAUUUCAAACUAACUGCAGCGCAGUUUAUCAGUUGCGAUAAUGAAAUAAUGCAAAAUAAACGAGUUGCUGGAUGUAUUGUUAAGAUUUUCAAAUGACAGCCAGAUCCACCAGAAAGAAUACGUAUCACAGUUAACUUAUGGUAGUCUUACAUUCCGUUUCAGUAAAUAACCUCAAUACAUCCCCUGUGCUGAAACUGGGCGCAAUGAUAUCUUAAGCAAUAUCCAGCAACGUGAAUUUUGCCUCUCACUCCUAGCCCCACUCGUGCAAGAAAACUGAAACGGUGUACGGAGUAUUUGUACAAAGGGUGUUUCUGUCACACGUAAGAAUUUGUUAUGGGAACAAUUCUGUCGCUAUGUAAUUGCUCAUUAGAGAACGCUUUGUUUCUCAUUAAGGCGACAUGAAUAAGCGUCUAGUUGGAGGAGACAGCUGUAGAAAUGUUCCACCGGAAACCCCUGGACACGAUAUGGCACCGCUUGCCAAUUAGACAUGUCAAUUUUAAGAGAAUUAAACAAUAUAGGAUGGACUCUAUACAGACACAUAAAACCGUUUUUCUUUCUAUUUGUGUCAGUCGACUAAUUGCUGGACCGAACAAUGGACAGCAUUAGAGCACCUGUUUAACAUGGGUUUAUAUUUUCUGUACCGCCCAGUUCAGUCUUAAAUUUACGCGAAUUUUCUUUCAUGUACAGUCCAUUGAAUCGCAUAUAUGUCUUUUUUAUAAGUAAAAGACAUUUCUCGCUUAAUAAUCAUCAAUAACUGGUGCUACAAUUUGCCGACCCAACAGACAUGAAGUUUGGAUUAUAGCCAAAGGAAACGACAUACUAGAACUAUGACUAAUAUUGCCAUUUAUGGAAAUAUAUAUUGUCAAUAAUUUAAUAUCUAGUAAAUUCAUAGCUUCUGCGUUAUAGUUUAUCCAGUCAUCUUGUUUUAGAUAUGCCAUUGCUUUUCACCAUUAUAAUAUGCAACGAAAACUAAAAAACGAAGCCAACGAUUAAUUUGAGUAACUGUUCGUUAUUGGUUGAGAAAAAG